AUGGCUCUGACUGUUGCUAACCCCGUCCUCCAAACAGUCAAGCUCAUCUUUUCCUUCUUUUUGUCCUACCCACUUGCUGGCCUACUGAAGAGGAUACCGGAUAACCGACCUCAUCUCAAAAACUUCUUUUGUCUAAGCAUUGGCGUCUUUUACCUCGUCGGCCUCUUCGACCUAUGGGUCGGCCUCCGAACCGUCCUAAUCUCCUCCAUUGGCGUGUACUCGAUCGCAAAGUUCCUCCGGGGCUCCCCUUACAUGCCAUGGAUCGGCUUCGUCUUCCUCAUGGGCCAUAUGAGCAUCAACCACAUUAUGCGCCAACGCCUCAAUGACCCGAGCACAAUCGAUAUCACAGGAGCGCAGAUGGUGCUCGUCAUGAAGCUCAGCGCUUUCUGCUGGAAUGUGGCCGACGGUGUUCUUCCUGAAGAUCACCUCUCCGACUUUCAGAAGGACAGACGGCUCAAGGAGUUGCCGUCCCUGUUGGACUACUUUGGAUAUGUUUUCUUCUUCCCCAGUCUCAUGAUUGGACCCGCCUUUGACUUCGCCGAGUACCGCCGAUGGCUCGACACCACCAUGUUCGACAUUCCCAAGUCUGUCGAUCCUGCCAAGAAGCCUCCCACCAGACGCAAGCGCAAGAUCCCCCGCAGCGGUACUCCAGCCAUGAUCAAGCUCGUUACCGGUUUCUCCUGGCUCCUGCUCUUCAUCUGGCUCUCUACCUGGUUCUCGCCCGAGUCUCUCCUUGGAGACAGCUUCGUGAGCCACAACUUCCUCGUCCGCCUUCUCUUCCUGCACAUGGUUGGUAUCACGGCGCGCGCCAAGUACUAUGGUGUCUGGAUGAUGACGGAAGGCGCAUGCAUUCUUAGCGGCUUGGGCUUCAACGGCGUUGAUCCUGCCACGGGCAAGGUGUCUUGGGAUAGGCUCCAGAACAUCCGUCCGAUGGGCAUGGAGACUGCGCAAAACACCAAGGCGUACCUCGAUAACUGGAACAUCAACACCAGCAAGUGGCUGCGCAACUACGUCUACCUGCGUGUCACUCCCCGUGGCAAGAAACCUGGUUUUGGCGCCACUUUGGCUACAUUCACCACCAGCGCUUUCUGGCACGGGUUCUAUCCUGGCUACUACCUGUCCUUUGUCCUGGCGAGCUUCAUCCAGGCUGCUGCGAAGAACGUCCGCCGCAACAUUCGCCCCUUCUUCCUCGAUCCCAAGACCCAAGCGCCCCUUCCCUCCAAAAAGUGGUACGAUCUCGCCUCCUGGCUCACCACCCAACUCACCUUCAACUUUGCCGUUUGCCCCUUUUUGGUACUCGGCUUCCACGAAUCCAUCACCGCCUGGUCGCGCGUCUACUUCUACGCCAUCAUCCACACCGCCGUUGCCCUGGCCUUCUUCUCCAGCCCAGGAAAGAAGUGGCUGCGCAAGACUCUGGAGAAGAGGAACGCCAAGGCAGGCGUUGUCGCCCCUGCUUAUUCUUCUUCUUCUUCUUCUAGUGGACGCGGCCGUGGCCGCAGCAGCAUCAGUGACGAGAAGACAAGCAGUACUACCGCGCAGUGUGCCAUGGAGACCAUGGCUUUGCUUGGCGAGAACCUGAACCGGCCGUCCAGCAGGGCGGAGAGCACGGAUAGCCAGUCGAGGAGCCCGAUGCUGGGUAUCAGUGGUGAUCCUCAGGGGGAGCUAGAUGAGGCGCUGGAGGAGUUCAAGAAGGAGAUGGAGAGCAGAGUUGGUGGUGGCGCGUUUAGUGCGACGGGCUUAAGGGAUUCGUUGAGGGGGGAGGCUAGGAAGAGAGCCGUGUGA